AUGGGUUACUACUGUACAGUGCCGCAAUGUACUUCCUUAGCCGGCAAGACGAAAAACGUGAAAUUUCACAGAUUUCCCCGCGAUAUAACGAUGGCGGACAAAUGGAAUACGAUAUUAAAACGCGGCAAACCGUACACGAAAUAUUCUAAAGUUUGCAGUCUGCAUUUUACACAGUCCGACUACAAUGUAACUACUAUGGGACAAUGGAAGACUUUAAGCAAAGACGCAGUGCCAUCGCAGAACUUGCCAAAAUUGAACGCUGACGGCACCGUCAUGGUCAUACGCAAAAGCCGCACAAUCAAGUACAAGGAUGCGCGACAAAACGUAGACAAUGAAGCAGAGAUCGUGAACUUUAACCGAAAGACGAAAAAAGCUUUCAAGGAAAACACCGCCUAUCGUCUUCAGGCUUUAAGCGCGAUAGCAAGCGCUCUAUCACCUCAAGCCACGACAGCAGCAAAACCGAAGAAGCAAGACGCCAUCAUGCAAACUGAUCCAGUACAACACGAAGAGGACGACUCCCAACCUAAUAACAGCUACAGUGAGACGUCAGAGAAUUCAUACCAUGAACACAUGGAUUUCUACAAAGAUAAUCAACAAGAUAAAGGUUUCAUGACUCAAAAUGCCAAAGAAUUUAACAAGGAUUUUUAUAAGGAAAAGGAUUGGAGGGACAAUUUGGAUUAUCAGAAAGAAAGGAACCAAACGUUCGAUAAAAACCUGGAGAGAAACCAAAUAUUUGAUAAAAAUUUGGAAAGAAACCAAAUGUUCGACAAAGACCAAAUUGAUUAUCAAAAAGACAGAAACCAAAUGUUCGACAAAGACCCAUUGGCUUUUCAAAAAGACAGGAAUCAAUACGAUAAAAAUCAUGUUGAUUACCAAAAAGACCGUAACCAAAUUGAAUAUCGUGAUAAAAACCAAAUGUUUGAAAAAAACCAAAUGUUUGAAAAAAACCAAAUGGACAGAAACAUGUUUGAUAAAAACCAAAUGGAUUAUCAAAAGGACAGAAACCCGUUCGAGAAAACACAGUUAGACUUUCAAAAGAGAGAGUUUGAAAAAUCUGACAAACAUUUCGAGAACGAAAAAAUGUAUGAAGCUAAAGAUUUUUCCAAACAAGACGACUACAUACCUACAACUAACGAGGAAUACAACAAGGAAGCAGAAAAAUAUGCCUUAGAAAGAAAAAACCUAUCUAGCUACGAAAAAUCGGUGCUCGACUACAAGCCAAUUGAAAAUAACUAUCAAAAGGUCGACUAUAUGUUUGAAAAAAAUUAUCAAAGGGACGAUUACCAAUUAUACCAAAACAAUUAUCAGGAUAGUGUUGCAAUUUUAAGAAAUCAACAACAUAAUUUGGAAAUUUUGCAGCAACAACAUAGGGCCGCUGAAAAUCAAAACUUUUUUAAUGAAAAUCACAUUAAACAAGAGAUUGAUUUAAAUGGCGACGAUGAUAAAUUCUUGUAUGAGAGGAACAAGGAACAUUUAGACGCGUGCUCUAUGUACCGCAUGGCUUUGACACAGCAACGGCUCGAGUUGCAGCAUGUUAAGCAAGAACCCGACGCCAACGGUUGUGACAACGUUAUGCAGCCCGAAGGCAGUCCAUAUUACGGAACCAACGGACACAAUAAUGUUACAGGUGGCUACUACGAUCAAAUAUCGCGACCAGGCCCAGAGCUGCUGAUCGCAAAGCAAAACGCACUUUCGGCGCAGCUUUGGCAAAACACAAUGAAGAGACCAUUCUUCUACAGCGAUAACCCUCCAUACGCCACGCCGCAGUUAUUGCACAGAUACGAGGAUUUAACAAGAAUUCUUCAGUGAUGUGAGAGACAUUCCAAAGCGAUAAAAAUUUAUUUAAAAUUAAAAAAAAAAAAUUCUCUUAAAAAUGACGAUAAUCUCUCAAAAUUUCUGUUUCUUUACA